GUGCUGCGCCGCGGCUGCGAGGCGCUGAGGGGAGAAGCGCUGCCGCCAGCGCCGCGGUGGGGACCCGUUAGAGCGGAAGCGCUGCUGUCGCCGUCGCCGUCGCCUUCGCUGUCCCGGGGCUUCUGGUUCCUGGCAGGUAGGAGGCGGGAGCCAUGUCGAAGCGGCUCCGGAGCAGCGAAGUGUGCGCGGACUGCAGCGGGCCGGAUCCUUCUUGGGCAUCAAUAAAUAGGGGAACUUUUAUAUGUGACGAAUGCUGCAGUGUCCAUCGGAGUCUAGGGCGCCAUAUCUCUCAAGUAAGGCAUCUUAAACACACACCGUGGCCUCCAACAUUGCUUCAGAUGGUUGAAACCUUAUAUAAUAAUGGUGCUAAUUCUAUAUGGGAGCAUUCUCUGCUGGACCCUGCAUCUAUUAUGAGUGGAAGACGUAAAGCUAAUCCACAGGAUAAAGUACAUCCUAAUAAAGCGGAAUUCAUCAGAGCCAAGUAUCAGAUGUUAGCAUUUGUCCAUCGUUUGCCCUGCCGGGAUGACGAUAGUGUGACCGCCAAAGAUCUUAGCAAGCAACUCCAUUCAAGCGUGAGAACAGGGAAUCUUGAAACCUGUUUGAGGCUGUUAUCUUUAGGAGCACAAGCCAACUUCUUUCACCCUGAAAAAGGAAACACCCCACUUCAUGUUGCCUCCAAAGCAGGACAGAUUUUACAGGCGGAAUUAUUGGCAGUAUACGGAGCAGACCCAGGCACACAAGAUUCCAGUGGGAAAACUCCUGUUGAUUAUGCAAGGCAAGGAGGUCACCAUGAGCUGGCAGAACGCCUUGUAGAAAUACAGUAUGAGCUGACUGACAGACUAGCCUUUUAUCUCUGUGGCAGGAAACCAGAUCACAAAAAUGGACAGCACUUUAUAAUACCUCAAAUGGCAGACAGCAGCCUGGAUUUGUCUGAAUUGGCAAAAGCUGCUAAGAAGAAACUUCAAUCUCUAAGUAAUCAUUUGUUUGAAGAACUUGCCAUGGAUGUGUACGAUGAAGUUGACAGGCGAGAGACUGAUGCAGUCUGGCUUGCCACGCAAAACCACAGCACCCUGGUGACUGAGACAACCGUCGUCCCCUUCCUUCCUGUCAAUCCCGAGUACUCAUCAACACGGAACCAGGGCAGACAGAAAUUAGCUCGGUUUAAUGCCCAUGAGUUUGCCACUCUGGUUAUUGACAUUCUCAGUGAUGCCAAGAGGAGACAGCAAGGCAGUCCUCUCUCUAGUUCAAAAGACAGUGUGGAGCUCAUACUGAAAACAAUCAAUAACCAGCACAGUAUUGAAAGUCAAGACAAUGACCAGCCGGACUAUGACAGUGUGGCAUCAGAUGAAGACACAGAUCUGGAAACCACUGCAAGCAAGGCAAACAGGCAGAAGAGCCUAGAUUCAGAUUUAUCAGAUGGACCAGUCACUGUGCAGGAAUUUAUGGAGGUCAAAAACGCUCUAGUGGCUUCUGAGGCCAAGAUACAACAGCUAAUGAAGGUGAAUAACAACUUGAGUGACGAGCUGAGAAUUAUGCAGAAAAAGCUUCAAACACUCCAGAGUGAAAAUUCGAACCUCAGGAAACAGGCCACAACCAAUAUAUAUCAGGUGCAAACUGGUUCUGAGUAUACAGACACUUCCAGCCACUCUUCCUUAAAGCGACGUCCAUCUGCCCGGGGCAGUAGGCCCAUGUCCAUGUACGAGACGGGAUCAGGUCAGAAACCAUAUCUCCCAAUGGGAGAAGUGAACCGCCCUGAAGAGAGCAGGACGAGACUCCAGCCAUUUCCCGCACACAUCGGGAGGAGUGCACUUGUGACCUCCUCUUCAUCUCUGCCUUCCUUCCCCUCCACACUUUCCUGGUCCAGGGACGAAAGCACCCGAAGGGCGUCCAGACUGGAGAAGCAGAACAGCACACCUGAAAGUGACUAUGACAACACUCCCAACGACACGGACCCAGAUGAUCUGGGGUCAAGCAGGAAGGGAAGGCAGAGGAGUAUGGUGUGGCAAGGUGAUGGCUCAGUACCAGAUAUGGCAGAACCCCCCACGGCCCCAAGCCCAAUUCUCCCCAGCACCGAAGACGUCAUCCGGAAAACUGAGCAGAUCACCAAAAACAUCCAGGAACUCUUAAGAGCAGCCCAAGAAAAUAAACAUGACAGUUACAGCCCCUGCUCAGAGAGGAUACAUGUGGCUGUUACGGAAAUGGCAGCGUUAUUCCCCAAAAAACCCAAGUCUGAUAUGGUGAGGACUUCCCUUCGCUUAUUGACAUCCAGUGCCUACCGACUCCAGUCAGAGUGCAAGAAGACCCUCCCCGGGGACUCUAGCCCACCCACAGACGUCCAGCUGGUCACGCAGCAGGUCAUCCAGUGUGCAUACGACAUCGCUAAGGCCGCCAAACAGCUGGUGACCAUCACCACCAAAGAGAACAACAACUGAACAGCGGUGUGCUGACCCUUCUAUUUUCUAGGCUUUUCAAAGUCCAGUUACAAAUUUAGACAUGGAACUCUUCUGAUUUUUACCAGAAACAAACAUUUAAUGAAAGUUUAAAACUUUUUUAAAAAAAACCUCAGUAUUAUUUUUGCAUGUUUUCUAACAAAUUUUCAACUAUUAAUUUAACCCACUUGCCUUAUUUUGUGACUGUUUGCCAGUUUACUUUCUGAUGUUCUGUUGUGCUGUCAGUGACUGUUAGUUAAUGAUCAUGGACUUCCAAAAGCAUAGCUUCAUUGUUGCAAGUUGGUUACCAUUUAUUUAUCCAGCCCUUAAAACUCCUUGCCUAUGGUUAAAACUAUAAAUGAGAUUUUCUUGAGAGAGUUGGGUUAAAAAAAAAAAAAAGCAACCUUAUCUGUUCCCUACCAAGCAUUGUGCAAUAAGUGAAUUUUCCAACCUGUUGCAAGAAUCUCUAAGUUUGGAGUGUCUCCAAGCAAGUAUGUAGAGACAGGACUUUGCCACUUUCUAAAAAUAGUGUAACAAUCUCUCUUGAAGGAAACAACGAAUUGCUCCAUUUCUUUUAACUGUUCUAUCAUGAGAUGUUCCUUAAUUUUUCUAUCUUGAUCUUCUGUCUCUUUCUAUUUUACUGUCAUCCUGAAGUCUCCGUGGCUUCAGAUAGGCACUCAUCCUCCACGUCAUGUGUCAUUUGGCCACAUCCAGGUAGGAGCACUGCCAUGUUAUCACCCGUAGUCUACUGCUCUGCCUUACCCCAGGAAACCAAACUUUCCUUCCAGACGUGCAGCAAGAAGAGCAUCAGCCCCACAGGCCAUAACUCAUUCUGCACCACCCCAUUCCACUGUCACUGCCAUGAACUGUGGGAAGAUAAAUCAUCUACUCCCUGACCUUGUAUUGUACCUCUCUGUCAUCUAAAACCCAGUUACUCCUUUAACCACUUAAAGCCUUCCCACACGACCUGCUUCACAUAGCCGAUCACCCUUUAUGGACUUCUUGUAAGGUAAGAUAUAUACAAUCAUCUGAGUUUAUUUCUUUUCCAUGAUCUUGCUGGUAUUUAAAAAUUGGACAAAAACUUUCAAGAAUUCCUUAGAGGAUAUGUUCUGGCCAACUACCAGCGAUCCCAAAGCUAUGAAAGAGUACAGGUUUCAGUUCUGGAACAUGCUGAGAUUGUUUUCUAAGUUGCUAAAGAGACCUUUUGUUCUGAAUGCUAAAACAUAUUCCUGUACUUGCUUAUUGAAGCAGUUCUGUGUGAGUGUGGCUCAGACCCUGACCUAGACCAGGGAGGCCAGGUGGUAGUGAUGAAGGUGAAUGAAGUGAGCCCGGUGUAGAGCAGGAGCAGGGACAGCAGGGGGGCCUAGGGUACACUCAGUGGGCACAGAAGCUCCCCAGCUCUACUUAGGCUGCCAGGUGGAAAAGUGGGCCCAGGGUUGCCAGAGCUUUUAUUUCUCAAGAGACUCUAGAAAUCUGGAUUUUUUGGUGCCAUCUCUUUGUUUAUAAAUGUUAGCAACUGAUCUAGACAUUUUCACAGCACACAUGUGGGUGAGCUGUGGUCUCUAGGCCUGCAGCUCAUAGCCUCUGUCCUGGGGUCCUGUAAACUGCAGUGUGAGGGCCUGGUCUCCCUGGUCACACCUGGCUUAGCCUCAGCCUCAUCCAUCACGUGGCCAUCCUGUCCUGUGUUGAGUUGCUGUUAGUCUUCGUUUUACCCACAUAUUUGGUCCCAGAGUGCGCAUUCACACACGUGAAGUCAAAAUAAUCAAAGUUGCCUAAAUUCAUGCUAAAUAAGCCUGUACUUUCACAGAACUGUUUGAUUCACAGUCACCUUUACAGCUUGACCGUAAACUGUCAUGAAAGGAGCACCGUGAUGGUGUCUGCUUUACUAAGUCACUGUGUGUGGAUGCUUUCGCUACACUAAGUAGCUUGGGGAAAAGGUCCACAUCUCCAAAAGACUCGUCCACUUGCUUAUCUGCACAACCCUAAGUGCCAUGCUCCUGUCGGAUGCUGAGGGGAUGUCUCCUUGAGGAUGUCUUCUAACUUAAGUUCAAGCACCAUCUGAAACCUUCUCUGCAUGCUGCACAUACUUAGCUGUCCCUCGUCUUUCUUGCAAACACCUGUGCCCUGGAGAAAGUCAAGGAACGUGGGGACCAGCAUUUUCAGUUGUAAGAACUCCGCAGAAUUUAUUAACCCACAGUGCCAAAACUCCAGAAAGAAGUUCCCAGGCGGCGGGACACGUGUUGAUAGGAGGGCUGCAAGGCUUCCUUCUCCUAAGUGCCCCACACACUUCCUCAGCCUCACUGAGAUCCCGCGUCGGAGGUUCUCUGGUCCUGUUGGCAAAUCACCUUGUCCGAACAGUUUUUUGCACAUGGGUUCCAUAGCCUUGCACUACCGUCUGCUCUUUGUCACAUUUUCACCCUUUAUUCUCAAACCGCCCUCACCCCUCCCAAAGCUGGUAGGACAGAGGUGCACUUUACAAGACUGGCACUUGCUGAGGAGGCGACAGCUCCACCUGAGCUCCUUUAACUGAAGUCAUCUUCUGCCUCAGAAUGCAAAUAGUUCUUAUUUGCCAAAGAACAGUCGGGCCCAAAGAUCAAAUACAGCAUUUCACGCCAUCAGAACUGAAACGCACAAUUAGGAGCUGUUGUCCAAUUCCUCAGGUGACGUAAGCUGCAGAACAAGAGGGAGGCUAGCCCGAGUUCUUUCACAGCAGCUGCGAGCUUCCCAAACAUCGAAUUUUCCUUCUUUCUGUGUCCUGGUUGAAGGUCACCCUUGUUUUUACAGAAGAAAAUGCUGCAUAGGAGACUGAAAUGCCUUUUACUCGUCUGUUUUAACCAUGCCAUCCUUUAGUCUGUACUUAUUUUUUCAUUUUUAUUGUACAUUCUAUUCCUGUAAUUAUUGUACAACCCUUUAAGCGUUGUAAAAUUGUUUUGAAAUUUGUGCCUGCUAGUUAUGCAAUAAACAGGCUCUAUAACUGUC